UCCGGGCUCCGGAAGGGCGCCCAGGGCGCAUUUACCAGAGCGGCUGCGCGACGUUUUUCCGGCGGGACUGCACGGAGGAAGGCCCUGGGGACAGUCCGCUGGCCCGGGGCCUGGCCUUGCGCGCUCGGAGUCACCGAGAAAACGAGUCCGUCGCCCCUGCCGCCCCUCGCUGUCCCAGCCAUGGCCACACGCCUCCUCCGCAGGGCCCUACGCUUGUGGGGCGGCCGCUGUGCGCCGAGCGUGCCGCCGGCAUCGAGAUGUUCUCAUUCUGGAGGGGAGGAACGUCUGGAAACUCCUUCUGCUAAAAAAUUAACAGAUAUAGGAAUUAGAAGAAUCUUCUCUUCAGAACAUGACAUUUUCCGAGAAAGUGUAAGGAAGUUUUUUCAAGAAGAAGUGAUUCCUCAUCACGCAGAAUGGGAGAAAGCUGGAGAAGUGAGUAGGGAGCUUUGGGAAAAAGCUGGAAAACAAGGACUGCUUGGUGUCAAUAUUGCAGAGCGUCAUGGUGGCAUUGGGGGGGACUUGUACUCGUCAGCUGUUGUUUGGGAGGAGCAAGCGUAUUCGAAUUGCACAGGCCCAGGUUUUAGUCUUCAUUCGGAUAUUGUCAUGCCCUAUAUCGCAAACUAUGGCUCAGAAGAACAGAUUAAGCACUUCAUCCCCCAGAUGACUGCAGGGAAAUGUAUUGGUGCCAUAGCAAUGACAGAGCCUGGGGCUGGAAGUGAUUUGCAAGGAGUGAGAACAAAUGCCAGAAAGGAUGGAAGUGACUGGAUUCUCAAUGGAAGCAAGGUAUUCAUCACUAAUGGGUGGCUAAGUGACGUUGUGAUCGUAGUGGCGGUCACAAAUCGUGAUGCUCGCUCUCCUGCCCAUGGCAUUAGCCUUUUUCUGGUGGAAAAUGGAAUGAAAGGAUUUGUCAAGGGACGAAAGCUACAUAAAAUGGGACUAAAAGCCCAGGAUACUGCAGAAUUAUUCUUUGAAGAUGUACGUUUGCCAGCGCGUGCCCUACUUGGAGAAGAGAAUAAAGGCUUCUAUUACCUCAUGCAAGAGCUUCCACAGGAAAGGCUACUGAUUGCUGAGUUGGCAGUUUCAGCCAGUGAAUUCAUGUUUGAAGAAACCAGGAACUACGUUAAACAAAGAAAAGCUUUUGGGAAAACAAUCGCACAUAUACAGACAGUGCAGCAUAAGCUAGCAGAAUUAAAAACACACAUUUGUGUAACCAGAGCUUUUGUGGACAGCUGUCUCCAGCUGCAUGAAACGAAACGUCUGGACUCUGCCACUGCUUCCAUGGCGAAAUAUUGGGCAUCUGAGUUACAGAACAGUGUAGCUUAUGACUGCGUGCAGCUGCAUGGAGGCUGGGGAUACAUGUGGGAGUACCCAAUUGCAAAAGCUUAUGUGGAUGCCCGAGUUCAGCCAAUCUAUGGUGGUACCAAUGAAAUAAUGAAGGAGCUAAUUGCAAGAGAGAUCGUCAGUGACAAGUAGACAUCUGCCCACAUCCUGGAAUCCUAUUACAACUAAUCUGGUUUUAAAUCUACUCAAGAUAAAAUACAACCUGGAAAGGGAGGGAACACUAAACAUGUUUUUAUAUGUUCUUUCUACAGAGAAAGAAAUCAAAUA